CUCAGGUUCUUCUGUCAGGAGGUGCAGCAAAAAGCAGAACCAUGUGAUUCUCAGGAUCCGCUUCCUACAGGACCCUCACAUAAAGAUGCUCUCUACUCCUGUGUUUAAAAAAUAUCCGAUCCAGAACCUUCAGUGUCCUCGAGGUCUAAAGGAGGAGGACUUCCUGGACCUCCUGAGGUCCACCUUCCCCCUGUUGGCUCACCGUGAAACUUUUGAGCUCUUUGUAACRUCUACAAGCAGAAAACUUGAGCCUCUGAAAGUUAAACCUCUGACUCCAGAGGAGAUCUGCAGGASCAUAAMAUCCAGCGGGAACUCAGCGCUCUACAUCCAGCUGAAGAAAGGAAACUGCAAAAAGACUGAAGACCCUCAUGGUUCACCUGGAACCACAGAUCCUCAUGGUUCACCUGGAACCACAGAUCCUCAUGGUUCACCUGGAACCACAGAUCCUCUUGGUUCACCUGGAACCACAGAGCCUCCAGCACCUAAAUCUGAGCUUCAAACCAGCUCAAUUUCUUCUGUCAGGAGGUCCAGCAAAAAUCGGAGCCAUUUGAGUCUCAGGGUCCGCUUUCUGGAGGACCCUCACAUAAAGAUGCUGUCUACUCCUG